AUGGAUCCAAAAGAUGACCGAUCCUUUAUUGGGAAGGAAGAAAUCCUUCCUCUACAGAAGAUUCUACUUCAAUACAAGAAAGAUAAUCUCGAUGAAACUGUUGAAGAAAUACGACAAACAGAAUUUUUGAGAAGUAUGGCUGGAUUAAGAACUCUCGUGAAAGAAAUAGCCGAACUUUUCAUGAUGCGCCCUAAGAUGGCUGAGGAGAUUGCUCGCUUAUGCGUUGAAAUAAAUAUGCAUUCAACAGCCUUCAAGAAUGUUCUUUUAAACAAAUUAUUCCACCCAGCUAGAAGGAACUUCGAUAAGAUAUCGAACUACAAACUCCUUCUCGAAUUGUUUUACUUAAAGUUCUUUUCAAUGGAUGAAUUAAAGGCAUACAUAUCUAAAUUCCCGAAGAAAUACGAGAACCAAUACUUUUUACUUCUUGUUACAUUCAUUCGAGAGCUUUUCAAUGAUAAUAGAGAGAAUUCCAAUCAUCUUCUUGAAGAGGUAAGCAAAAUGCAGUACCUUUCACCUUCAUCUAAGACUUUCUUCAAAGAAACAUUAAUAGAUUACUGGAAAGGAAAAUAUCAAUAUAACGCUGAUCGUUAUUUCCCAAUUUCUCAAAUCGUACGUCAUGGAUACCUCGAAGGAACAGUUCCUUACAUGAUCAAAUAUGAUCAAGUUAGCAAAUUCGAAGAAUAUUUGUACAGAAAUCCAAUCGAUCUAAAUGAGACAAUAAAACCGAGUCUCUUUGAACCAUUAGAGCUCGCAUCACAUGAACCAUCAUUAAUAUCAUUUGCUGCUCUUUAUAACUCCGAAAACAUGUUUAAUUUCUUAGUUUCUAAGAAAGUGACAGUUCGCAAGAAAGAUUCGAUUGGAACAAACUUGCAACAGUUUACAGCUGCGGGUUUAUGCCAAGCUGCCAAGAAAUGGCUCGUUCUGCACCGAGAUCCUUGGAAUGACACUUUAAUUCAAGCAACUUUGUCAAGACAAGAAGAGAUGUUUGAUUUUAUAGCUAAUCAGAGUGCUUCCCAAGACAUAGAUCAUGUUUUAUUCACUGCUGCUGAAUAUAAUAAUCUUCAUGCGCUUGAAUACUGCAUUUCUCAUGGAGGAAACUGCAUGAUAUGUGAUAACGUUGAUAACCAGACUCCAUUACAUAAGGCCGCUGAGAACGGCCAUUCAGUUAUUUGUUCUGUUUUAUUAGAACAAUCAACAGUUGAUCCAAAUGCAAAAGAUAUUCGUGGAAGGACUCCUCUCCAUCUUGCUGCAGAGUUUGGACAUAUUGACAUUGUGAGGAAGCUUUUAAAGACACCAACUGUUGAUCCAAACAUUAAGGAUGAAUAUGGAAACACUGCAUUAGAUCUUGCUCAACCAUAA